AUGGGAAUGGAUAAUGACGCGCCUUAUCUUCCCCCAGAAAUACAGGCCAAAAAAAAAUCUUCCCCCAGAAAUCAUCAGAGGCAUCCUCAAACGACUUCCGGCAAAGAUUGGAAAAAUCUUGUAAAAAACCCAUAUUUCAUCGCGGAACACCUUCAACAAUCCAGUCAUCAAAACCCUUCUCUUCUUCUUUUCCAAUGGAAUAGAAGUGAUAAUCCUUCGUGCUGGCCGUUGCGUUUGCUGGAUUGCGGUUUGCAUGUCUGUGAAAUUGAUAAAGUACCUUUCAUCAAUUCCUUGGCGAGUACAAGGAUAGUCGAUUCCUGUAAUGGCCUGCUUUGUGUUGAAACCAGAUUUGGUUUCAACCCAAUAGUUAAUGAUUACAAGAUAGUAAGAACUUAUGUUGCUGAUUGUUGUGUUAAUCGAGUGGAAGUGUUUUCUAUAAGUAGAGAGUUAUGGAAGGCAAUAGAUGUUGGAAACUUAAAGGGAGUGCUACUUGAUUCUGAAACUGUCACAGCUAAUGGAUCCAUACUCUGGAUUGGGUUAGAUCUACGUCUAUAUGAGGCGGGUGAAGACAAUAUUGAGGUUAAGGAGGGUGAAUAUGAUGUUAGGGUGAUAGUUUCAUUUGACAUAGCAAAGGAAGUGUUUACUUUGAUACCAAAGCCCCAUUUAGACUAUGGUACACCUAUGAAGCUUACUGCUUAUGAGAACAAACUUGCCAUGCUUUGUGACAUUGGGAAAGGCGAUGACGGAACAUCUAAUCUGAUUGAUUUGUGGGUGUUAGAUGAGGGUAAAUAUUCUUCUGGGGAGACAUGGAGCUGGACUGCAAGAUAUGCAGGCAGCCCCUUUCUAUGCCGGAGAAGCCAUUCUUUUCUUAGCAUGAUAUAUUCAAUGACUGUCUAG